AUGGCGCCAUGGAACGGCAAAGACGAAGCCUUGUCUGCUACCAAGAAUGAGUUUGAUGCCGCCGCCGCUGAGGCUCCCGAGGAGGGAAUCGCCCGCCACGAAGGGCGCCAUGUUGACCUUCACCGUGGCUUGAAAGCCCGUCACAUUACCAUGAUUGCAAUUGGCGGCGCUAUUGGUACGGGCUUGAUUGUUGGCACGGGGAGCGCACUGGCGAAAGGCGGCCCUGCCUCGAUCCUAAUCUCCUACGCGUUUGUCGGGUUCAUCGUCUACCUGGUCAUGUGUGCUCUCGGAGAGAUGGCCGCCUGGCUGCCUCUGCCGUCUGGUUUCACCGGAUAUGCGGUUCGCUUCUGUGACCCUGCUCUCGGUUUCGCAAUGGGCUGGACGUACUUUAUUAAAUACCUAUUGAUCACCCCUAACCAGAUGACGGCCGGCGCGUUGGUGAUAUCGUAUUGGAUCCCCGCCGAAAAAGUCAACGCAGGGGUCUGGAUCACUAUCUUUCUCGUGCUGAUCGUUGCCAUCAACUACUUCGGGAUCCGAUUCUUCGGCGAGUUCGAGUUCUGGCUGUCGUCCUUCAAGGUCAUCGUCAUCCUUGGCCUUAUCCUUCUGUCAUUUAUCCUCGCGCUGGGAGGCGGCCCUGACCAUGACCGGAAGGGGUUUCGAUACUGGAAGAACCCCGGCGCUUUCAAUACGUAUAUCGACGACGGCUCCGCAGGCAGAUUCUACGCGUUCUGGUCCACCAUGGUGACGGCGACCUUUGCGUACUUGGGCACGGAGCUGGUCGGGGUCACGGUGGGUGAGGCGCAGAACCCUCGGCGGACGAUCCCCCGGGCGAUCCGACUCACCUUCUUCCGGAUCCUCGUGUUCUACGUCCUGAGCGUUUUUCUGGUGGGCAUGCUGGUGCCGUACAACUCCAAGGAACUUGCCUUUGCCAACAAGGCGUCCAGCUCGGCUGCUGCGUCUCCCUUCGUCGUCGCCAUCCAGCUGGCCGGCAUCCCGGCGCUGCCGCACAUCUUGAACGCGUGCAUCCUGCUGUUUGUCUUCUCGGCGUCCAACUCGGACCUCUACAUCGCGACGCGGACGGUCUACGGGCUUGCGCGGGAAGGCAAGGCGCCCGCGUUCCUGUCGUACACCGAUGGACGGGGCGUUCCGAUCUACGCGCUGGGAGUGUCAUCGCUGUUCGCGCUGCUGGCGUACAUGAACGUGUCGAGCGACUCGAAGACAGUGUUCGGGUACUUCGUCAACCUGGUGACGAUCUUCGGGAUCCUAACCUGGAUCUCGAUCCUGGUGACGCACAUCUACUUCGUGCGGGCGCGGAAAGCGCAGAAGGUGCCGGAGCAGGAUCUCGCCUUCAAGGCGCCCUUUGGACCCGCCGGGUCGUGGUUCGCGCUCUUCUUCUGCGUCAUCAUCGCCCUGACCAAGUCGUUCGACGCCUUCACGCACAACCCCAAGUGGGGCAACUUUGACUACAAGACCUUCAUCACGUCCUACCUCGGUAUCCCCGUGUAUCUGAUUCUCAUCUUUGGCUACAAGAUCGUGACGGGUUCCAAGAGCGUUGACCCCCGUGAGGCGGACCUGUGGUCGGGCAAGGACGAGAUUGAUCGCGAGGAAGCUGAGUUUUUGGCGAGGCAGGCGGCGCUGUCCGAGGAGAAGCAGCGGUACAACUGGUUCUACAGGAGGUUUGUGUCGUGGUUGUUCUAG